AUGCCCAUUGCGUGGCGCAUGUUGGGCGAAGCUCACAGUGCCCAUCCACCAGAGGUUCUUUGCAUGCUGCGCACGGUCACGAGGCUGGCUCAGGAGCACGGCUUCACAGCUGCUUCCAGAAAGGACCUGCUUCAAAUCGCAGAUGAGCUUUUGCAUUCCUUGACCCCAAGGCUCAAGGAUGCGAGCGUGGAAUUUCUCCAGGAGGUUGCAGAGACGAUGGUUGAUUGCAGCGUGGGAAGCCAGGCAUUCGAGAACCUUGUGCAGCUGGAGAUGGGUUGGCGCGCAGUUGGCGAGGGUCGGGGGCCACACACGGGAUGCUAG